AUGGAUGCCCAAUAUCCCUUUGCUUCACGCGACGAUAUCUGGCGUGUAUUCGACGAGCUCAAGGAGCUGCACGCCACUCAGUUCGAGCAGGCGGAGCGGAUUGCUCGACUGGAGCGGCGGAGGGAUGAGGAUGCGAGAUUGAAGAGUGUCUGGGGUCCAUUAUCGCCUUUUCCUAGCGCAAUUGGAGGCGCAAUACCAACAGAGCCGACGUUCCAUCCCCACGCUGAUGCGUUCAAGGGUUUCGACCAGGGGCAGAAUCACGGAAUGGUGAGUAGUGCAAUGGGGUUAGAUAGCGAAGAGGAGCCAAGGCGCGGUGCGUCCAGAGCAAACAGCGUUAGAUUCGAUGAAAGUGCAAUCCACGGGUACUAUGGACAGGCCAGUCGAUCGAGUAGCGAGCUUCCGCUGAGGACAGGAAGCGGAAUGGGAAGCCAUCCGCUGACCGAACGAUCUUUGUCUCAUCGCUCCGAUGGGAGGCAGAGUUCGUCGGGAUUUUCUCAUCAUUCGGCUCGUACCAACAGCCUGGGUCUGGAGACGACUAGUAAAAUGAUGAGCUCUUCGGCUGGCGGAUCUCCUCUUAUCCCUCCGCCUGGCCUUUUCCUCCUGGGCCCCGUGCCGUGUAUCAUUCGGUGCUGGCUGACAACCAACUUCUCCAACGAGUCGCUCCUCUAUGCCGCCGUGUGCUCGGGCUCCUAUGCUUCGUCUUUGGGCUAUCCGAUGGUUAGGAAACUCGGCCUGGACGACCUCAUCACGCAGGAGGAAGACUCACAGUACAUCAAGCUCCCGUUGUACCUUCCGGAAGCCAGUCUCCAUCAGUCAUCCUCUCGUUCCAGCAGCCCACUGCCGCAGCUCCCAGCUUUGACAAUCCGGUUCCUCGUUCGUGACGUCGAUCCCAACGACGCUUCCAUCCAGAUCAUUCUUGGAAGCGAUGUGCUUCGGUCCCACAACGCUGACGUACUGUUCUCACAAGACAAGAUCAUCAUGGUUGAUGACGAGAGAAAUAAGAUUUCCAUCCCUCUAGUGCGCCCCGAAAAUGACUCGGCUUUCAAGAACUUAAGCACCGUGUCUGAAACGCCCCCUGUCGACCGUGCCGCAAACCAGGGCCCUCCUGUAGAUCAGCCUCCUACCAAUGGACAGCCCGCGAGUCCCCCUCGGCAAACCGUAUCCGCACCUGUGUCGGCCAGGGUUUCUAUUGAAGAACCCGAGGAUACUCGGAAGCCUCACUUUGCCACCCCUCUCGAAACAACUGGGGACCCCAGCACCCAACAGACACAGACAAAACCAACCGCAGCGAUGGACUCCCAGCCUACCUCACCUGCUAAACCCGAAGGUGCCGGAGUUUGGAGCUCGUGGAGACGUGACCCCAAGUUAGAUCCGAAUGCUUCCGCAACGGGCACAUCGUCCAGGGGACGUACGAUGAAAGUCUUGCGACCCACAAAGUCCUCUUCGCGGGUGACGUCGACGGCAACAGCUCUUAGUAGCGCCGGCGCUGAUAACACAGAUUCGCCAACGUCGCAGCCGGAACCUGUUCGUCAGUCCAGCCAGCCAGCAUCUAGAGGCGCUUCAGACGAGGCCCGAGCAAGCAAACAGUGGGCGUCUAAUCCAAUCGGCGGUGCAUCGGCGUUUGGCUGGCUCAAUUCGUCUCAGCCAUCGAAACGUGUCGUGACGAACCCAAAGUAA